UAACAUUAUGAAAUAACAUUUUACUACCUUACUCGACAAAUCAAAUACAAAAUUUAUAUACUAGUAUACUAGAUACCGUGUAUAGCGUAAUAUGGGCAGACUAAAAGAAUUUGAAUGCGCAGAUUAGUGUCGUAAAAUAAUUACAUGGAACGGUUUCCGAUACAUUGAACGAAGUGGCUGGAAGCAUUGACUGUCAAGUGCCUACUAGUGUGUAUGUACUGGUGGCAUUCUGUCGAAGCGUUUAAUUUUAUAGCCUUAACACAGCCUGUCUAAAGCACGAAUCACCAUGGGUAAAAGGAACAAGAAAAAUAAGGAGAGCGGAAAGCGUUCAACUACCCCGUCAGAGGGAAAGGAGCUGUCGAAGCAGCAGAAAAAGCAGCUGAUGGAGCUCGUUACACAGUUAUUACAAACAUGUAUGGUGAUGCCUGAUGGUCCAAAAGAAUAUGAGUAUUAUGUAGAGUUACACAGCUUUGUAGAAAAGAUUCGAGCAAUUCAAGAAGGUCUAAGCUGUCCACCAUUAGACAGAGAGAAAGCUAUCCCAGAUUUUUUGGAGUGGUUGAAGAAACAUGACAUUGACACCAGCAGUGUGGAAAUCACCAGUUUUCCAGACUGUGGAUAUGGACUGUUGGCCACCAAAGACCUCAGUGAAUCUGACCCAUUCCUGACAAUUCCCAGAAAAGUCAUGAUGACCACAGAGACAGCAAAAGACUCACAGCUACUAGGUCCAUUGAUUGAGGAAGACAAGAUCCUACAAGCCAUGCCUAGUGUUGUCCUAGCCCUCCAUGUCCUCUGUGAGAGGAGGCGACCUGAAUCCUUCUGGAAGCCAUACAUUGAUGUUUUACCUAAUGGGUACACAACACCCCUGUACUUCACCCCCAAAGAAUUACUGCAGCUGAAGGGCUCUCCAGCUCAAAGUGAUUGUAUAAAACAGUUCCGUAAUAUUGCUCGGCAGUAUGCCUGCUUUUAUAGAGUGUUUCAGACAAGCCAGAAUGCAGACAAACUACCCAUUAAAGACUGCUUUACUUUUGAUGACUACAGAUGGGCAGUUUCCACAGUCAUGACCAGGCAGAACCAAAUUCCAACAUCAGACGGCAGCAAGAUCACAUUUGCUCUCAUUCCAAUGUGGGACAUGUGCAAUCACUGUAACGGCACGAUCACAACAGACUACAAUUUGGAGAAGGACUGUAGUGAGUGUUUUGCUCUGAGGAACUUCAAAGCAACAGAACAGAUAUUUAUAUUUUAUGGAGCAAGAUCAAAUGCAGAGCUUUUAAUCCAUAAUGGAUUUGUUUAUCCAGAAAAUGAACUGGACAGAAUUGCUAUACGAUUAGGAAUCAGUAAAGGUGAUCCACUUUAUGAACAGAAAAACGAGCUGUUGAAGAAACUAGGAUUAGCUGUAUUAAGGAAUUUUUACAUCCACACAGGAAUGAUCCCAGUAGAUCCUCAGUUAAUGGCAUUUCUGAGAGUGUUCUGUAUGUCUGAAGAGAGUCUCAAGGAGUUGAAUUCCAAGGAGCUGACAGAGGAGGAUGCAGAGAAGAUCGGAGAUAUUGAUGUUCCUGUGUCGACAGAGAAUGAAGAGAAAGUAUGGGCAUUCCUUGAGACUCGGACUGCACUUUUAAUGCGUGCCUAUGAAACCACAGAGGAGGAGGAUAUGGAACUGCUGAAGAAGACAGAUAUGAAUAUUCAUGAGAGACUAGCUGUACAAUUACGAAUGUGUGAAAAACAAAUAUUGAAAGCAACACAAUGCUAUGCUGGAGAUCAGAGGAAAUCUGUCAAGGGGGAUAACUCUGACACAGCAGCAGCAUAGACUCCAAAUCAUGGAAAGACUAAGAAACUACGUGAUGUGAAUGUUGUAGUUGUCAUUUCAAAAUUUACAUUGUAUUUUACUUGUGUUUUUUAUUAUUAAAAAUUUGCAAAUAUUUUUUCAACUGACUAAGAAAAAGCCUUUUGGAGAAAUAAGUACUGCAAUGUUUUUUUUUUUUAAUUCUGUGCAACCAGGAGGCAGGGAACCUUUCUGGUUUUCUAUUUAUUUAUUUUCUUUCAAUAUUAUUAAUAAAAUAUUUUAUUAAAUGUCCUAAUUACCAUGUAUACAUUGUGUACAGUCAAGAGAAGAUAACUCUUGUCAAUACAGAUCUGUUGUUAGAUUGGUUUUUUGGGGCUUAUCUAUGAUAGUAUACAGUAAAAUAGUAUACAGUUAUGUUAUGAGAACUGGACAAAAAUUUCAAUAAAAUAUUAAUGAAUUAA